CAAGCCAGGGGGCCAGGACUCCAGGGAGAGGACUCCAGCUUGUAGGACCAGCAGUGUCUGGCCCUCCUCCCCAUUUCUGAGACGGGCAGGCUCUGAUCCCCAGGGCGAGGAGCAGUGAGCCAGGUCCUGGCAUCUGCCCCCGCACCGGGCUUCCUUCUGGGGAGGCUGACGUCAGCAGUGCUUCGCUGGGACCCAGGUGAUAGGAAAUAUGGAUGCAGGAGAGCAGGCGGAAAGGGGGACCCGGGCUGUCUGUGGCCAAAGUCAGACCUGAAAGCUGUGUGUCUGCAGUGUGGUCAUGGGGACAGGAGCACCCCAGGUGCCCGUCCCAGCCAUGCCUGCCUUGCUGCCGGCGGACACCCACCCUUAGAACGGUUCCCCUUUCAGUUGAGCCCUGGGCCUACUAAAGGCAGAUAGAUGGUGCCAGACCCGCUAGCUCCUGGUUACUCCUGACGACAUGGACCCCGGUCAAGAUCACAGUCUUGUGAGCAGCCCCCCGAUUCAGCCCCCUCAGCCAGUCGUUCCAGCCAAGCCUGUGCAGUGUGUCCACCACGUGUCCACUCAGCCCAGCUGCCCGGGCCGGGGAAAGAUGUCCAAGCUGCUGAACCCAGAGGAGAUGACGUCGAGGGAUUAUUACUUUGACUCCUAUGCCCACUUUGGGAUCCACGAGGAGAUGCUGAAGGAUGAGGUGCGGACACUCACCUACCGGAACUCCAUGUACCACAACAAGCACGUGUUCAAGGACAAGGUCGUGCUGGAUGUGGGGAGCGGCACUGGGAUCCUCUCCAUGUUUGCUGCCAAAGCAGGGGCCAAGAAAGUGUUUGGGAUUGAAUGCUCCAGUAUUUCCGACUACUCAGAGAAGAUCAUUAAGGCUAACCACCUGGACAACAUCAUCACAAUCUUUAAGGGGAAGGUGGAAGAGGUGGAGCUGCCCGUGGAGAAGGUGGACAUUAUUAUCAGCGAGUGGAUGGGCUACUGUCUGUUCUACGAGUCAAUGCUCAACACGGUGAUCUUCGCCAGGGACAAAUGGCUGAAACCUGGAGGGCUUAUGUUUCCAGACCGGGCAGCUUUGUACGUGGUAGCAAUCGAAGACAGACAGUACAAGGACUUCAAAAUCCACUGGUGGGAGAACGUCUAUGGCUUUGACAUGACCUGCAUCCGGGAUGUUGCCAUGAAGGAGCCCCUGGUGGACAUCGUGGAUCCAAAGCAAGUGGUGACCAACGCCUGUUUAAUAAAGGAGGUGGACAUUUACACGGUGAAGACGGAGGAGCUGUCCUUCACGUCCGCCUUCUGCCUGCAGAUACAGCGCAACGACUACGUCCAUGCCCUGGUCACCUACUUCAACAUCGAAUUUACCAAGUGCCACAAGAAGAUGGGCUUUUCCACAGCCCCUGAUGCUCCCUACACCCACUGGAAGCAAACCGUCUUCUACCUGGAAGAUUACCUCACUGUCCGGAGGGGGGAGGAGAUCUAUGGGACCAUAUCCAUGAAGCCAAAUGCCAAAAACGUGCGAGACCUCGAUUUCACCGUAGACUUGGAUUUUAAGGGACAGCUGUGCGAAACAUCUGUAUCUAAUUACUACAAAAUGCGUUAGCACACGUGGGAGGCUGCAGAGAGCGAGCGAGCCCGGAAACUCACCUCCAUCUGCAGCGCUGCGACAAGGGACCCUGUUUGCGGGACUACACGCUCCAAACCGGAGCCUGACCCUCUGCCCUCGAGCCUGGUGAAUUCGGCUGGCCUCCCGAGGGCCCUGUCACCGGACAGAGGGGCUCUCGCUCCUCGGCUCUGCUCUGGGGGCCCUUCUCAGGCUCUGUCCUCCCGACAGAGGGUGCGGCGGCCAGGCCCCGAUGGAGGAGUGUCCUCGUCGUCCUCCUUAACUGUGACUCUCGGAUCUUCCAGUUUUGCAUGCUGCAGGCAUCUAGGACAGAUUGCUUCACUAGAACCUGGAGACGUAGUGUCUUUGAUAGCAUAAGCCAGACUGUGCGCGCUGCGGUGCGUGUACGCAUGCGCGUGUGCGGACAGCAUACCCAUUAGUUCAUUUACUCGCACACAUGUGUGUGCGUGCAUAUACAGCCAAGUGGUAACGUCUGUGUUCUUUCAGGGAUGCGUGUGUGUGUGUGUGUGCGUGCGCGCGUGUGUGUGCAUAGAAUAUAUCUUACUCUCAGAGGAGAUUCUGUUGCUUUCGAAUAGGAAUUUGUUUUGUGAUUAGUUCUCCCCUCCCCGACCCCUUCCCAGAUGUCCAGCAGCUAUGAAACGUUUUCUGUACCAGCUCCGGUCUCCUUUUGACUAGACUGUGGCUCCGAACCCUAAGCAUAGGACCGCGCACCCCAUGGGCGUUCAAUAAAUGCACAUGAGAGCGCA